UGUGUACUCUGCCUUCCCGGCCGCGGAUUGGCCCUUGACGGGGCCCGUCGGUCGCGCUGGUGUCUGGGAAGGAGAGAAAAUGGCGGCGGAGCCGAGUAAGAACGAAAUCCAGAUUCUUUUUAGGAGACUUCGCGCAGUUCCGACCAACAAGGCCUGCUUCGACUGUGGUGCCAAGAAUCCGAGUUGGGCCAGCAUCACAUACGGUGUUUUCUUGUGCAUUGACUGCUCCGGGGUGCACCGCUCCCUGGGCGUCCAUCUCAGCUUCAUCAGGUCCACAGAGUUGGAUUCCAACUGGAGCUGGUACCAGCUGAGGUGUAUGCAGGUCGGCGGGAAUGCCAAUGCGACAGCUUUCUUCCGCCAACAUGGAUGCACAGCCAAUGAUGCCAACACCAAAUAUAAUAGCCGAGCUGCUCAGAUGUACCGGGAAAAGAUCCGGCAGCUGGGGAAUGCGGCCUUGGCUAGGCAUGGCACUGAUCUUUGGAUAGACAAUAUGAGUAGUGCUCCCAGUCAUUCCCCGGAGAAGAAGGACUCUGAUUUCUUCACGGAACACACUCAACCUCCUGCCUGGAAUGCACCAGCUCCUGAUCCAGCAGAGAUGCAGCAGUCAGCCCUGUCUGCAGAGACCAGUGGACUGGCACAGCAAGAGCAUGGCCCCAACACGGACUUGCUUGGCACCUCACCCAAAGCCUCUCUGGAAUUGAAAACCUCCCUCAUUGGCAAGAAGAAGCCAGCAGCAGCUAAGAAAGGGCUGGGCGCCAAGAAAGGCUUAGGGGCCCAAAAGGUGAGCAGCCAGAGCUUCAGUGAGAUUGAGCGGCAGGCCCAGGUGGCAGAGAAGCUCCGUGAGCAGCAGGUGGCUGAUGCCAAGAAGCAGGCUGAGGAGUCCGUGGUCGCCUCCAUGCGUCUGGCCUACCAGGAGCUCCAGAUUGACCGUAAAAAGGAGGAAAAGAAGCUGCAGAAUCUGGAAGGGAAGAAGCGAGAGCAGGCAGAGAGGUUGGGCAUGGGCUUGGUAUCCCGAAGCUCUGUCUCUCACUCGGUGCUGUCUGAGAUGCAGGUUAUUGAGCAGGAAACCCCAGUGAGUGCAAAAUCCUCCCGCUCGCAGCUGGACUUGUUUGACGAUGUUGGUACCUUCGCCUCUGGACCCCCAAAGUACAAGGACAACCCGUUUUCCUUGGGGGAAAGUUUUGGUUCCCGCUGGGAUACAGAUGCCACCUGGGGUGUGGAGCGGAUGGAGGAGAAGGAGCCAGAAGUGACCAUCUCAAGCAUCCGGCCUAUUUCAGAAAGAGUCACAAAUCGGAGGGAAGUGGACAGCCGGAGCUCGGGCCUCGAGUCCAGUGAAGCACGUCAGAAAUUUGCAGGAGCCAAAGCCAUCUCAUCUGACAUGUUCUUUGGGCGGGAGGUGGAUACAGAGUAUGAAGCCAGGUCACGGCUACAGCAGCUCUCAGGCAGUAGCGCCAUCAGCUCUUCAGACCUCUUUGGGGACGUGGAUGGAGCUCAUGGAGGAGGUAGCGUAUCUCUGGGGAAUGUGCUCCCCACAGCUGACAUUGCCCAGUUUAAGCAGGGUGUCAAGUCUGUGGCUGGGAAGAUGGCUGUGCUGGCCAAUGGUGUGAUGAAUUCUUUGCAGGAUCGCUAUGGUUCCUACUGAUCCAGGCUCGUGGCUCAGGCACCGUGGUGACAGCAGCAAAACCCCCUGGUUACCAGGCCAGGGAAGCUUGCCUUUGGAAGCUGGGGAGGAAUUGUUACUUAUGUGCGGUGUGUGAGCGGGGUGGCCUUUGAGGAUCUCGGGUGAGGGGGACGGGCAGUACCAGCCCCUGACCUCUGCCCGUAAACUGAGCCCUUUCUUCUCUCCUCACACCCCUCCCGUGUGCUAGGUUAUUGUCCUUCCAGUCCUACCCCCCAAUGCUGCUGCUCGCUUGUACUACCACAUGGAGUGAGGGGAGGUCGUUCCCUCAGGAUGGCUUGUCUGGGUCCAGCCCUUCCUUGAGUAGGGCAACUGAAAAGUAUAAGGCUUUUUCGCCAGCUCUGGGAUCCUUCUAGGUCGCCUAGGGAUUGGCCCCUGCCCUCUGGAACCAGCGGGGAGGUCUACAGUUAAGCUGUAGACCAGCCCCCAGGGAGAGAGGCUCUGGACUUGCUGCUGCUCUUGCUGCUCCAGUGGCCUCUUCUGGGCACUGUGAGAGGGCAGGGGAGGGGAACGACUUCAUCUGGGCCUUACUAAGGGCUAGAAACUACCUUGUACCUAAAGAUUUCAUUUGGGAUCAGACUGGAGGCCUGAGUGAUGAUCUGCUGUCUCACCACCUCACUUUACCAUGGUCACUUAGAGGAUUACUUUUCCUCUUGGGUGUCUUGGAGUCCUUACCAUCCAUAUGGACCACAGGACCCUCUCUCCCUUCCUGAGACUCUGUCCUUUUCUCUUCUGCUUGGUGGCCAUGGCGGGUCUCAUCAGCCUUGUGGCACCCUCCUCUGGAUGCUGUGAGCAUAAUGAUGGCCAAGGAAGCAGAGGACAUGAGGGACAGAAGCAGGCUCCUGGGGCUCAGCACUUUCUCUGCAUCAUCCUGGGCUCAGGGGGGCCUGGACAGCACCCCACCAGUGUGAGCUCGAGGUGCCUACAGAGCUGUAAGCCUCACCCCUUGGCCCCUGGGCCAUGCACUGUGUCAUCCUUGGUGCCAUCUUUCCCAGCCAUGCUGGCAGUUUGGGCCCACCCUACCCCCUUUGGGUUGAGGGUUGGGAUCCCAAGCAACACAAACCACUCUUCCCACCACACCCUGCCCCAAAGGGACUUGACUUUCUUUCUGGACUGUUUGUAUUGAAACAUAGUAGUGUCAAAUAAAGCCCCUCUGGGGCCUUGUGCCCCUGUUGGA